AUGGAGGCUGAGCAACCUCCCAGACGGAGUAGGCGAAAGUUCGUUACCGCGAGUACGUUCGGUGGACCGCGCGAAUGGCGCAGCAAGAAGAGUCGGGCUUGCGAUGUUUGCAGAAGAAGAAAAACGGCGUGCGUAAUCAAAACGAACCCUCCAUGUCAGUAUUGUAGGAAGAUGAGCCUUUCCUGCCAGUCCUUGACGCAACUCAACAACUCACCUCAGUCGUCGCCGAGUCAAUCAAGCUCUGUGUAUAGUAAUGUGACACCUGAAGGCUAUAGAGAUGCCUCGAACACGCUGAUUUCGAAAUGGCCAUCCGGUACUCAGGUUAUCAUGUCGCAAUCAGCUGGAGGAAAGCCUUCCUUGGCAGGCUCAGGUAUGGAAUCUCCCUGCGCUCUAGAAGACAAUGUCGGGCGAAACGCGACGUACAUGAGUCCAGCGGCAGAGCAAGACCCCGAACUUCUUGCCUCUUUCAGGUCCUCCAUAUUAAGCGAGCUUGACGAAGAGGAGGCCGAAAUCGUUCAAGUCCAUCCUGGUGUUUGGAACCCACAUUGUGCGCCAGUCCACUUCAAUCUUGUGCUGGAAGACUUCCCAGCUGCCGAUGACGCUGCGAGACAAUUUGCGUCCGACACAAUCGAGAGCAAGAUUGCACCAUACGGGCCUACUCUUGUUCGACUCUUCUUCCAGCAUGUUCACCCAACUUGGCCUGUUCUUAUGAAGGGUAGAUUUCUGCGCCAGUAUUGCCGAGACAAGAAUCAGAUACCCACCUCUUUGCGUGGUGCAGUCUAUGCGCUUGCCUUAACAUUUUGGAAGCAUGAGCCGUCUGUGAAUGGCCCAUGUCCGUUUCAACAGCAUGAAUUAGAAACGCUUUGUCUAGACUCAUUGCGACGGGAGUUGAUUGCUCCAAACUUGGCCAACUUGCAGGGUUGCCUGCUACUUCUACACAUCACGCCUCCAAGUAUAGACACUGUUGAAUCUUCAGCCAGACUAAUGUUGGCCACCCAGGCUACUACAGCCGCUUAUAGGAUGGGUCUUCAUCGAGACCCAGAUGGCUGGAACAUUGCUUCGUGGGAGAAGAUAGCACGGAAGAAACUCUGGUGGGCAACAUAUGUGGCCGAUGCUCUCGCUGCACAGGCUUUUGGCACCCCCUACCACAUACAAGCAGACGUGUACUCCACGUCAUCCAUUGAGAUAGAUGAUGUGCUGUUUGACGAGGAUGUUCCUAGCCAUCUUCAACACCUGGCUUCGGAGGAUACUACCUCAAAACUGGAACCUGCCGCGCGCUUUGUUGCAACUGUCAAUUUAGCUCGUAUAUCACGACAAAUACUACACCUAAGCUUAAAACGUGAUAUCCCAAUGCCCUUGGCUGUCGAAGACAUGCAGAGGCUGUUGGACGGCAUAAAGCAUGAACUGGAAUAUUGGCAUAAGAUUUUACCAGGCUGCCUUGGCAGUUGCGCAGUGUCCGAAGACGAGAUAUACAGGAACAAUGCACCACUGCACCUGGCCUUCCAUGCCACCCAGACAAUGUUCCUUCGCGUUCUUAUGGCUCCGGCUACCACAGCAGCGAAGGCCAAUCCGCACUCUCCUCUUAGGCGGUGGUUCAAGAAAGCAUUGCAGUCAGCGGAGUCAUUCGUCAGGUUUAUAUCUAAAAUCGGCGCGGAGGAACUAGAUGGGUUCUGGGGAUGCUACGCUAGAUCUCAGCUAAACAUCUGCGGAAACUUUCUAAUAUACCUGUUCCUGCUAGCGUCUGAACCGGAAGAUGUCGCGGCUGCGUAUCGGUUGCUCGAGAAAUUCCACGUCUCGCUGCAGAAAUUGAAUAACAUGGCUGACAUGACUUCGAGACUCCUGAUCCGUCCAGUAGCACUUAGAAUCGACUCGUUCUUCAUUCAUGCUCCUCAAAUAGUUCGGCAGCGCUCUAUCGAGUCGUGA